UGAUAUAAAAAUACUAAAGGUCAUUGUGUGCGGGUACGGUCGUACGACACAUGCAUUGAUAAUAUCAGCAUGCAGCAGGCCACAGUUCAAGAACACUCGGCAAUAUUUCCUUGUUCGUCGGUGGUGUGUUUUCAUCCUUCCAUGAGUAUCGAUCUGUGUCUUCCAAUCGUGCCAAGAUCCAGACAACCAUGUCCGCGAAACUGGUCCUGUAUUCAGCGAUCACGCUGGGCUUCAACGGCCUAGUCUUGCGGCGCUACUUACGGGACGAACUGCUGCUGACUUUCCCGUACGUGCUCGUGCUGAUCUUGCCCACGAUCACCCAGCCGUUUUGCCAGUAUUUUCUCGGCGGGUUUUGCGGGGUGUUCGUCUUCGCCGCGGCCGUGUACAAGCUGUACCAGAAUCUACCCCAGCAGUUUGUGGACGUGAAGGAUAAAGUUGUGUUGAUUACAGGUUGUGAUACUGGUCUAGGCCAUGCUACAGCGUUGUACCUGGACAGUCUGGGCGCUCAUGUCCUUGCCUGUUGCUACGACAAAAAUGGCGCCGGGGAGCGGGACCUCGUCGCUAACAGCUCCAGCCGACUGAUGACGAUUGAGCUGGACGUGACCGACCAGGAUCAAAUACAGGAAGCGUUGGAGAUUGUCAAAGAUUUAUUGGACGGGCGAGAAUUAUGGGGUGUCGUCAACAACGCAGGCGUGUGCUUAUAUGCCGAGGCAGAGAUCACGACAGUGGACGCUUUCAAGAAGAUGUGGGAUGUCAAUUGCUUGGGUCACUUCCGCAUGGUCAAGACAUUCUUGCCGUUGCUGCGCAAGUCCAGGGGUAGAAUUGUGAACGUGACCAGCAUGUGUGAUAAAUUAGCAACGCCAAGUUUCCCAGCUUACUGCAGUUCCAAAUCAGCAGCCUUGGGGUUCUCUAAUGUCCUCCGGAUGGAGCUGAAGAAAUGGGGCAUCAGCGUUUCUAUCAUACAACCUGGCGGCUUCAAGACACAAGCUGUAGUUGGUACCCAGUUCAUAACAAGGUACCAGCAACUCCUGGCAGCCCUGGAUCCGAGGAUAGCCGACGACUAUGGCAAGCGCUACUUCAACACGGCGUUGAGCGCCAUGUAUACGUCGGACGACAUCCGACUCAUGGAGGAUUUCUCACCGGUAUCCACAGCAGUCGCGCACGCCCUCUUUGCCAAAAGCCCCAGGGCGCACUACCUGUGCGGAGUACCAGCCAUCAUUCUGGACUGGAUAGCCAAUCACCUGCCGGCGUUUAUCAACGACGCCGUCGGGAUGCUGGUGACGGGGACGUACAUGCCGGAGAGCGCCCUCCCGACCGAAGAGGAAAACCGCCUUGCGACCGAAAGGCGGAAGUCGCAACGCAGGGCGAAGAACCAGCGGGCGAACAUGCCACACAAGCAGGUGCACUUUGAGUUGGGAGCCGGUGAAAGUGGGAACCGGGAGAGCAGUGCUAACGUCAUCCAAAACGUUGGAGCCGGUGAAAGUGGGAACCAGGGAACCAGUAAUGGUAUUGAGAACACUUCUGAUACUACGCAGAGCAGUACGUAAUUUGUAAAUAAAAUUUAUAGAUAAAUUAGAGGAUUUAUUUCCUUGAAAUAGGUUUAAAUCCCAACAAUAUUUCAGUACGCAAAUUUAAGAGACCAUAUCUAUUUCUAUGCAGUUCCUGUACCAUUUCUUUUUAUAAUGGACAAUGUUAACCCUAUAACCUUAACAACUCCAUCAAAAUCCAUCCCUAAGUUUGUGGGAUUUUGUCAGAUAUGCCAUGGGUACUGAGUCCAUCAAAAUCCACCAGCACCACUGGUGGAUUUCAACGGAUUUGAUCCUGAAGCAUUAUUUGAAGCAGAACGAGUGAUGGAUUUUGAGGGACAUGGUCCUCUACUUAG